CAAAGUGGUACCCCAGCUGUUUUACCUUAAUUACUGAUUAAGUUACAGAUCGUGAGCAUUCAUUACUAGAUCAGUGCUACAAAAAUCCGUUUCGUUAGAACGAAGGGGCUUUCAGUUUGCCAGAAGUCAAAUCAGAAAGAACAAAGUGUUUUUACUGCAGUUGGCAAGAUGCUACUACCUGUGAACAUUUUCGUUAGUUGUCUGUUACUAACCAGACAAGUCCUCUCAGACACAUCCUGCCAAGGUCAAGCUGACAUCCUGCUGAUCGUCGAUGAGUCAGGAAGUAUCGGGAGUGACAACUUUGACCAGGUGCUUGACUUUUUGGCAGAUUUUUCAGGCAAAUUUUCAGUGGGAAAGGAUUUCAUCCACUUCAGUGAGCUGACGUUUAGUGACAAGAGUACAGUCGUAUUUGACUUCAACAAGUAUCAGACCAACGAUACGUUAAAAAAGGCGAUUCUAAGCACUUCCUACAAUGGAGGAUCAACCAACACUGGAGAAGCGUUGAACAAGGCAAGAACAUUUGCAUUCACGUCUGCUAAUGGCGCCAGGUCUGGUGUCCCAAAACUUGCUUUGGUUUUGACAGAUGGCCAAUCGAAUGACAGAUCGUACACUGUACAGGAGGCAGGCCUCUUGAAAAACUCUGGCGUGAUUGUCGUAGCCAUUGGUGUUGGCUCUCAAACAGACGACAUCGAGCUGAAGGCGAUAGCUACGUCACCAUCUUAUGUGUACAACGUCAAGAACUUCCAGGGACUUGACAACAUUAUAUAUAACGUAUCGAAUACAGUGUGCAGAGUUCAGACAGAAGCCGCCUUCAACGUCAGUUCUCUGCUUUGUUUCGGGAGAAAAGAUGGCGACUACCCUCCUUGUUCAUCAGAGUGUGCAGAUGGCUUCUAUUACUCAUGUGUCAAUGAGGUCGCAUUUAAAAGGCAAUGCAAGUCGAAUAUCUAUGUGGAUGUCAACAAACAAAGCCUUGAGGCCAAGAUGGUAUUUGAACCAGCUCUUACAAGUUGCCAGCCCACCUCCCAGGCUUGCCCUAGAAGUAAUUUAACUCCAUCUAUUACCCCAACAGUGGCUCCAGUGCAAUCCUGCCAAGGUAAAGCUGAUAUAUUAUUGAUAGUGGACGAAUCAGGAAGUAUCGGACUUGCCAACUUUAACCAAGUGCUCAGCUUCUUGGCAGACUUCUCCACCAAAUUUGCAGUUGGCAAGGACACGAUCCACUUUAGCGGGCUUAAGUUUAGCGAUGCCAGUACUGUCGUUUUUGACUUCAACAAGUACUUGACCAACGACACGUUGAAAAAGGCGAUUCUAAGCACUUCCUACAAUGGAGGAUCGACCAGCACUGGCGAAGCACUGAACAAGGCAAGAACAUUUGCAUUCACGUCUGCUAAUGGCGCCAGGUCUGAUGUUCCAAAACUUGCUUUGGUUUUAACUGACGGUCAGUCGAAUGACAGAGCAACUACAAUGCAAGAAGCAAGUCUGCUAAAGAAUUCUGGAGUUACUGUCUUUGCUAUUGGCGUGGGCACAGGAAUCGAUUACAAGGAGUUGCAGUCCAUCGCCACAGCCCCGUCUUAUGUGUUCAAUGUCAGCAAUUUCCAGGGACUUGAAGCCAUCAUCAACAAUGUCUCCAACACUAUCUGUAAAGUUCAGACAGACGUGAACAUCAACACUGUCAACGUCAGUUCCUUGUUUUGUCUUGGAAGAAGGGACGGGGACUAUCCUGCCUGCUUAUCUGAGUGUGUCGACGGCUACUACUACACGUGUACUCGUGAGCUCGUGUACAAAAAGCAAUGCAAUCUCGGAACAUACACUAAUGACAACAAACAAAGUUACACUGACAGGAUGGUCUACGAUCCGAUAACUCGUAGUUGUCAACUCAAGUCCGUCGCUUGCCCCAGAAGCCCUCCUACUACAGCAGCACCUCCCAGCACAACCACGACCACCACCACGACAACUACUCCGAGACCAACCACCACUACCCCAACGACAACCACUACCCCAACGACAACUACUACCCCAACGACAACUACUACCAAACCAACAACGACUACAACAAGCGCAGUGUCCACAUGCCAAGGACGAGCUGAUGUUCUUUUCGUCAUCGAUGAAUCCGGAAGUAUCUUAAAGGAAAAUUUCAACCAAGUGCUCAAAUUUCUAGCAGACUUUGCAUUUCAGUUUUCAGUUGGCAACGACUCGGUUCACUUCAGUGAGCUGACUUUUAGUGAUGUCAACAAGUUGUACUUUGAUUUCACCAAGUAUUUGACUAACAGUGCGUUGAGGAAGGCUAUACUUAACACAACGUAUGCAGGCGGUCAGACAAACACAGGUGCUGCCCUAAACCUGGCCAGAACUGUGGCCUUCACUUCUGCUAAUGGCGCUAGGUCGGACGUUCCUAAAAUCGCAUUGGUGGUGACCGAUGGUCACUCGUCAGAUAAGACAGUCACAUUCAAAGAGGCGGAACUUUUAAAGAACUCUGGAGUCAUUGUUCUUACCAUUGGUAUUGGCCCUGAGAUAGACAACAAAGAACUGCAGGCGAUAUCUACGUCACCACUCUUUGUGUACAAAGUUUCGACAUUCAAGGGACUUCAAAACAUUUUGUACAAUGUAUCGAAUACAGUUUGCAAAGUGCAGAAUGAGGUCAACAUGAACGCUAUAAAUAUCAGCUCCCUGGUUUGUCUUGGAAGAAAAGAUGGCGACUACCCAGCGUGUUUAUCAGAAUGUGUUGAAGGCUACUACUACACAUGUAUCCGUGAAAGAGCGUUUAAGAGGCAAUGCAACGUCAGCUCCUAUCUUGACAACAACAACCGCAGCUACUCCGCCAGGAUGGUUUUUGAACCAGCGACUCGAACUUGUCAGCAAUCGUCUAAAUCAUGUCCAAGAAGUCACCCGAACCCAGUCAUUCUUCGUACAGCGUCUCAAGAUGAAACACCGGCUCGUUUCACUGAAUGUAUCCCAUCAAACUGCCAGGGGAAAGCUGAUGGUGACUAUCCUGCCUGUUCACCGGAAUGUCAGCUUGGUUACUACUACAGCUGUGUCAAUGAAUAUGCCUACCAGAGGACUUGUGCUCUGAGGUGGCAACUGAAUGGCCAGAACGAGCUGUACACGGAACGUCUGCUGUACAACCCAACUACCGGAAGCUGUGAAUACAGUGUACCGUCCUGCACUUCAAGUCAAUCAAACUAGAUCUAGGUCACCUCUGGGCAAUUGGCAACAUCAAGUUUGUAGGUGAUCAAGACUGGAUUUCUACUUUUUGAGCCCUUGAUAAAUCCAGAUUUUAUUUGUUUUCGGUUACCUGUAAAUUUCAAAAUAUGGAUAGUGAAAUAAUAAAUCUUUAGCUUAUAAUGUCUAUUAUUAUAACACACUCAACUGCACAAUUUUUGAUGUCUCCCCAAAAGGUGGGUUCCUAAGGAGAGCGGUCCUCAAACUAUUUUAUAUUCAAAUCUUGUGGUAAAACUUCAUAAUUGCAUAAUAUAUGUUACAAAUGUAAAAAGUACAAGGUUACAAAGAAAGUCUAUGUGGAAACACAAACUGAAAAUCGGCCCCCGAAGUGGUCCACCUAGGCAGGUAAAAAGGCAGGUUUCAAUAAUAUCAGAAUGAAAUUCUAUCAAAAACAAAUGACAGAAAAUAAUGGAGAAAAAAAAGGUUAACAAAUCUUGUGUGGUGCCCCAGCGAUCCAGCAGACCAAAGGUUAGGUGAAAGUGAAUGUGAAGUUAGAUGUGAACCUGGCCUAACUGAUGUCUUAUAAUGAAUAUCUAAUUGAUCUAAUUGUUUUGCAAAUGCCCAAUCUCGUAUUCCUCGAGAAUAAAACAUUUCCGUAAAAAAAAAUAUAAAAAAUCCAUAAUUAAAAAUGUGUUUUCUUUG